AUGGGUGAAAGAUCGGGAGCUACUAAAAGAAUACAAAAAGAAUUGUCAGAUAUUACAUUAGAUCCUCCUCCAAAUAUUUCAGCAGGACCACUUGGUGAUAAUUUAUAUGAAUGGAUGUCAACUAUACUAGGACCAGAGGGCACUCCCUAUCAAGGAGGUGUCUUCUUUUUACACAUUACUUUUCCAACAGAUUAUCCUUUUAAACCUCCAAAGAUACAAUUUAAAACAAAAAUAUAUCAUUGUAAUAUAAACUCAAAUGGAGAUAUUUGUUUAGAUAUUUUAAAGAAUAAUUGGAGUCCAGUAUUGACAGUGGCCAAGAUAGAUAGAUAUAAACCUACUACUACUACUCCUACUACAACUACAAUAGAUAAUAAAAUAGUACUAUCAACACAUCAUCAUCAUACCGAACAAGGAAGAACAAGACAAGAGCUCAACAAACAGACUACUUACUCGUCGUCGUCGUCGGCUAAACAAACAGUACAGUACACCACUCAUAGAGAUCCAUCUAUCUUGUUAAUUCUCUUACAGUGGUUAAUACAUCAUAUGGAUUAG